AUGUCCACCGGCUCGCUCAGCGACGCGGAGGACCUGCAGGAGGUGGAGAUGCUGGACUGCGACGGGCUGAAGGCGGACUCGAGCAAGGAGCUCGGCGCGUCCAACGAGAGCACCGAGGAGAGCUCCACCUGCGAGGGGGGCUCUCCGCAGAAGGGCCGCGGCGGCCUGGGCAAGAGGCGCAAGGCGCCCCCCAAGAAGAGCCCGCUGGGCGGGGUGAGCCCGGAGGGGAAGCAGGUCCAGCGCAACGCGGCCAACGCGCGCGAGCGGGCCCGCAUGGCGUGCCUGAGCAAGGCCUUCUCCCGCCUCAAGACCACCCUGCCCUGGGUGCCCCCCGACACCAAGCUCUCCAAGCUGGACACGCUCCGCCUGGCGUCCAGCUACAAAUCGCCCACCUGAGGCAGAUCCCUGGCCAACGACAAGUACGAGAACGGCUACCUCCACCCGGUCAACCUGACGUGGCCCUUCAUGGUGGCCGGGAAACCUGACAGUGAGCUGAAAGAAGUGGUGGCAGCAAGCCGCUUGUGUGGAACCACGGCGUCCUGACCUUGGAGGUGCGAGUCUGGGAAAGAAAGGCGAGCUCCCGGGAGGAGCUGGUCCGGGGAAGAUGACCCCUGCCCGCCCG